CUAUCAGACCUGCCUUCAUCGUUUUUUUUGUCUACCGGAUUUCACUACGAUGGCUGAUACUGAAAUGACAGAGGCUACGCCUAUAACAACAGCACCAGCAUCAGUAACAGAACAAUCACAGCAACCAGGACCGACAGAAAACACACCUGCAUCAAAUCCAUCAUUAUACAUCAAGAACCUUAAUGAAAAGAUCAAGCUCGAUGUUCUGAAGAAGUCUUUGAAAACUAUUUUUGGUCAAUAUGGUGAAGUCUUGAACAUCGUAGCACACUCUAAUAUCAGGAUGCGUGGUCAGGCGUUUGUUAUUUUUGAGAACGAGGAUGCGGCUACAAAGGCCCUUUCAGAAGUUCAAUCAUUCCCGCUCUAUGGGAAACCAAUGGUCAUUCAAUUCGCGAAGACAAAGUCUGAUAUUCAUGCCAAGCGAGAUGGUAAUUAUGAGGAGCACUACAAGCAGCGCAUGGCCAGAAAAGAAAAAUUUGCGAACGAAUUCAAGCCAAGAAGGAGACAAGCAAUGCUACUGGCAAAACAACAACAGAAAGCAUUGGAGCAGCAGAGAAUCCUGGAAGAACAACAACAAUUGCUACUUCAACAACAAAUGGUACAGCAAGCGCAAUAUGCACAACAGCAUGGCGGAGUACUACCAGGAGCUGCAGCAGGAGCUGUGCCUAUGAUUCCAGAUGAAUAUCUACCAAGGAACAGUAUUUUGUUCUUGCAAAACUUACCUCACGACAUUGCAGAGUCCCAGCUGGUCUCACUCUUCCAACAAUACCCAGGCUUCAAGGAAGUUCGCACAGUCCCUGGAAAGUCUGGCAUUGCUUUUGUGGAAUAUGAUAACGAAUACUACUCUGCAGCCGCAAAGACCGCAUUGGCUGACUACCAGAUCGAUCCAGAACACAAGAUGAAGGUUACUUUUGCUAGGAAAUAGUUUAUUUAACCUUUGUUUUCUAUCUGAAACCAAUACAAACAACAAAAAGCACGUUUGGAUUGAAUUUACUAUAGCAUAUAAAUAUUACUUCUUUAUAAGAAAUGAAUAAUGUACAAAUG